AUGAAAGAUAAUACUUGGUUCACAACAAGUCUUAUCAUUCAACUCUUUAUAUUGUUAUUAAUAUGUGUCAGUAGUAGUGAUGUAAUAACAUCAGUCAAUGGUCAAACAAUUCAAGAUGAUAUUUAUAUUGUUCCAAUUCCAAAAGUAGUAACACCUGAAUAUGGAUCACUUUCAUUAACCCCACAAGUUUAUUAUUUUAAUUCAUCAUAUUCAUCCAGUUCAUUACAAUAUUUAUAUUCCAUGUCAGAUGGUUCAACAUUGAAAAGUGGCAUGUCAUUCACAUCAAAUGGUUUAUUUACAUUUUAUCCAAAUCCAUCACAAAUUGGUCAAUUUAAUAUAUUAAGAAAUGUAUCAUAUUAUAAUAGUGAUAACAAGUUUACAAUAAUUUCACACACCAUUACAAUUCAAGUAAUUUCAUCACCUUCCAAUAAUGGUAAUCAAUUACAAUUAUUAUUUUCAGAUAAUUUCACAUUUAAUUUAUCAAAUUGGAAUUUAAUUGAUGGAACAAUGAAAUUACAAUCAAAUCAAUUAAAUUUAUUCCAAAAUAAUACAAUUUUAACAAGUGUUAAAUAUUUUGAUAUUUUUAAUAAUAAUAAUAAUGGUUUAACUUUUACUUUUAAUUUAUUAACUUCAUGGACUUCUACAAGAGGUAUAUUACUAUAUAUAGAUAAAUUGAAUUAUUAUGAAAUUAAUUUAUCAAAUUCACCUUUAACUAUUAAACGUUAUUUAAAUGGUGAAUUAACAAUUGUAUUACAAAGUACUAAAUUAUUACAAGUUCAUACUUCAAAUUAUUAUUCAAGUUAUAAAUUAUUUUUACAAUUUACUAAAAAUGGAAUUUUAAUCAAUUUGGCUAAAAUUGGAACAUUAUCAAGUGAUUAUUAUUUAAAUGUAAUUGAUAAUUUUACUAAUAUGGAAUUAUUUAAAAAUAUUAAAUUUGGAUUUUUUGAUAAAAGUGCAUCUUCACCAACUGUGUCCACUUUUAAAGUUUUACAAUUUCAAGUUUUUAAUGGAAAAUUAAUUCACACCAGACAAGCACAAACUUAUCAUGUUGAUGCAACUAAUGGAAAUGAUUUAAAUGAUGGGUUAACAAAAUCAACUGCUUUAAAAACAUUAAAUACAGCUCAAUAUCAAUUAUUACCUGAUGAUACUUUACUAGUUUAUGAUUCUAUUUAUAGAGAAAGUUUCCAAAUUAAUAGAGAAGCAUCAAUUUAUCAUCCAAUUACAAUUAAAGCAGUUAAUCAACCAACUACUACAACUACCACAUUUACAACAACACCAUAUACUCAUACAUCAAUUAUUGAUGGUUCACUUGUAUUAGAUAAUUCUAAAUUAACUAAAAUUAGUAAUAGUAACAUUUAUCAAACCUAUAUUAAAUUUACACCAGAUGUAGUUUAUUUAAAUGGUGUGAAAAUGAAUGAAAUGUUUAAAUAUGAUUCAUUUGGUAAUAGAGUUUCAGAUAAUUAUUGGAAUGGUGCUGAUUUAUAUCAUUAUUAUUAUGGAGCUAAUAUUGUUUUCACACGUAGAAUUUUAUCUUACAAUGCAUCAACCAAUACUAUUGGAAUGGAAUAUAGAGAUUCUAUAUGGGGACAAUUAAUUAUUUCAACAAGUGAUUUCUAUGCUAUUGGUAAUCAUGUUGGUUGUUUUUCACAAGCUAAUCAAUAUGUUUCCUCUAAUAAUCAAAUAUCAGUUUCAUUGAGUAGUGAUCCAUAUUAUAUUCAAUCUAAUUCUCUAUUAUUAGAAGUAUCAUCUCUCUCGAAUGGUAUUAAAUUUACAAAUGGAAUGGAAGGUAUUAGAGUUCAAGGAUUAAUGAUUAGAAAAUUCACAAGUGAUGGAAUUCAAUGUUCUUCUCAAUGUGUCAGUUUCACAUCCUCUCAAAACAUACUCAUUGAUGGAGGUGAACAUUCACAAAAUUUCAAUAAUGGAAUUAAUUUUGGAGGUGGAAUGAAAGAUUCAACUAUUGAAAAUUCCUACGUUCAUGAAAAUGUCAAUAAUGGUAUUUGGGUUGGACCACAUUUUAGUCAACGUCUCCAUCCAGAUAAUAUUCAAUUAGCUAGUUCACAUAAUGUAACAUUAGAUUCUAAUAUUCUCAUUCAAUCAGGUGGUGAUCAAAAUAUGUGGAUGGAACAAAAUGGUCUCGUCACAUUUAAAAGAAAUAUUUUCAUUAAUGGACCACUUGGUUUAAAUCAUGCAUUGAAUUUAGUAUUAAUUAAUAAUAUAUUUUAUCAAUCAUGGAUGAGAUAUUCAUUUAAAUUUGAAAAUUAUGUUACUUAUAGUUCACUUGUUGGUUUACAAAGUGUUUUAGAUUGGAAUCAAAUGUUUAAUAGUUUAAAUAGUAGUACUACUACCAUUAAUGGAAAUGAUUUACCUAAUAUACUUGUUUGGAAAGAUUUAAAUUUACAAAUAUCAAAUAGAAUUAAAUCAUAUUCAUCUUUUAAUUUAUUAACUAAUUCAGAUAAAAAUGAUUUAAUUAAUCAUUUAAAUAAUAUUAUUAAUAAUACUUUAUUUAUGAAAGAACAUAAAGAUUUAGUAUUACCUUUAUUAGGAAAAUCAAAUGUUGCAUAUCCAUAUUGGACUGCAAUUACUAAACGUGGAUUAUUAGAUAAUUCAACAGGUCAAUUCAAUUUAAUGACAAGUGACAUUUCAAUCAUUGAAGAAGUUAGAGGUUUAACACGUGCUAUUUUAGAUGAAUUAGUUUUUGAUGGAAUUUUAUCAAAAUCUUUAAUGACAUUUUAUCCAAGAAUUGUUUCAAUUAAGAAUAAUGCAUUUAUUAAUUCAAAUUUACAAUUACCAAAUUCAUCUUAUAGUUUAUUACCAUAUUGGGAUUCAGAUUUUAAUUAUAUUGAACAAGGAACACCUUAUCAUGCAAAUAUUUGGAAAACAUUGACUGGACCUAAUACUAUAUUUGAAACAUCAUUGACCAAUACUACUUUCUAUUUUAAGAAUAUGACAUUGUAUGAUUUCCAUUUAAAUUGUAAUAAUCAAAAUAUUUCAUUAAUUGAUAGAGGAAUUAAUGUUGGUGAAUUUUAUAAUGAUAAAGCACCUGACAUUGGUGCCUAUGAAUCUAAUUGUAAUAAUAAUAAUUUAAAUCCACAACCAUCAUCAACAACAAAACCUUCAACAUCUGUAAAUUCACCACAACCAUCAAAAUCACCACAACCAAAUAAUUCAAAAAUUGUUUCACUUGGUUCAUCAAUUAAUGUUGGAGGAGGUAUUGGUAGUGGUUUAAUAUUGAUUGGAUGGAUAAUGGUGAUGAUGGUUGUUGUACUCAACACAAUGUUUUAA